CAGCUUAUUGCUGUGCUGGGUCUAUUGGGUCUCUUUCCUCUUAUCAUUUUUUUUUUUGGUUGUUUAGUUUUGUUAGAGGCUCAGAAAACGAGGUUAAGGUGCUUUCCCUUUUCGGGAUGAGUUGUUUGCUUUCUUUUCUUUCGGCUUUCUCUGUAUUUUCUUAUUUGUCUAUCAGCGUUCCAUCACCUCAAAAAUCUCAUUGAGAGAGAUUGGUGGGUAGGGAAUUAUCGUUCAGUUACUGACCUUGCUUACACCAUACUUCACACAUUCAUUUUUCUCUUUAAUUCCGCAAAACUUGCCUAUUUACUCUCAUUCACUCACUCACACUCUUUAUUUCUGUCUUCUUGUUCUCCAUUUCUCCUACUCCACUUUGCGUUCUUUUUAUAAACUCUCUCUCUCUCUCUCUGAAAUGGGGUGUAGACGGAGUCACAAUUUCAUUUGCGGCGGUACACUUUGCUACGUUGCCAUUUCUCUUCUCUUUCUCAUUUUGAACUCCGAUAAGCCGAGACUCACAGCUGAAGGUAGAUCACUAUCCGAACCAUUUUCCCAGACGGUAAGAGAAGAUAAGGCAAUUUUGAGUGCUCAGAUAGGAUCAAGGCCUCCAAGGUGUGAGAGAAGGUGCAGCACAUGUGGGCACUGCGAGGCAAUUCAGGUCCCUUCGAAUCCCCAAGUACAAAAUCGGAACAGAAACUUUUCCACGGCCUCAAAUAUUGCAUAUGCAAGAGGCGAUGACAACUCCAACUACAAGCCCAUGAGUUGGAAAUGCAAGUGUGGGAAAAUCAUCUUCAACCCAUAAUCAAUUGAAUUUGGGGGUUUUAGGUGAAGAAGAAUCUACUGAUUUUGAAUUCUGUAUAUGAAUGAUACACAAAGUAAUAUUUCUGUGUGUCUUUUGGAUCCUUUAUUCCUUUUACUGCCACUUAAUUCCUACCCUCGGGAAAGAGCAUUGUUGCAUUAAAAUUCACAAAUUUCUUUGUGUC